AUGGCCUCUCCCGGCCUUCUCUACGUGACCAUGCAGCCCCGGCCCGGCCUCCCCAUCGCCCAAUUCCACGAAUGGUACAACAACGAGCACGGCCCGACGCGCCUCUCCAUUCCCUCCAUCUUUGCCAACGGCUUCCGCUACCAAUCCACCUCUCCCACCACCACCACCACCACCUCCUCCCCCUCCUCUCCUGCCUUUCUAGCCGUCUACGACAUUCAUCACAUGCCCCUCCUCGCCACACCCACCUACACCACCCUCCGCGCCAACCGCUCCCCGCGCGAGGCCGCCACCAUUGCCCAAGUCGACGUCCGCCGCGCCUUUUACGACCUGCUGCACACGGCCGCCGCGCCCGACUUUCAGCCCAUUGAGAGCCUGUCGGACCGCGACGCCGUCGGGCUCGUCACCGUCGCGGUAGAAAUCGCCCUUACAUCGGAUCCCGCCGCCGGAGACGAGUAUCAAAAUUGGUAUGUGGACGAGCACGUGGGGAUGCUGGCCAAGGUGCCCGGAUGGCGCCGCAGCCGGCUGUUCAAAACGUCGUCGCUGCUGCAAGAGGGCAAUGACGAGACGGCGACGACGUACCUCUGCCUGCACGACUAUGCACCGGACAAUGGGCUGGGCGGCGCCGAGCACAAGGCGUCCAUGGACACGCCCCGACGCACCGCCGUCUUUGAAAAGUACGUGGCCAGGAAAAGCCGACAGACCUAUUCUCUAUUCUACGUCUUUGGCCCUGCAUCGCGCGAUCUCUACUCCCUCUCGCAGCUCGACCCCCCGUCCUCUGCCUCCUUCACCUCUCCCUCGGGCACGCUCCAGACCUCUGCCAACUCCAUCACCUCGCGCAUCACCACCGCUCCCUCUGGCCUCGUCAUCCGCUACCGCCUCCAGGGCAACCCCUCGCCCUCCGCGCCCGUCGUCGUCUUCUCCAACUCCCUCCUCACGUCCUACGCCAUCGCCGCCAACACGCAAGCCUGGCGGGACCGCAUCGACGUGGCCCGCGGCGGCGGCGGCGGCGGCGGCAUAGCAGCGCUGGCAGGGCAGACGGUCGCGCGCUGGUUCCAUCCAGAGACUAAAGACGAGACGGUGGCCUGGAUGACGGACAUGGUGGCGGAAAACGACGUCGAGGGUUUCGCGCACAGCUGCACGGCGCUGUGGGAUUAUGAUUUGAAAGAGCAACUGCCUGGGUGCGCGGUGCCCGGUUUGCUCGUCGCGGGCGAGGCGGACGGAAAGGGUGCGCUGGUUAAAGCCAUGGAGAGCUUCAAGGGGCUGGUGGGCGAAGAGGGUGCUGCACUGCACGUGGUGCCGCGGGCCGGACACCUGCCCAUGUGCGAGUACCCACAGGGUUUCUGGGACGCAAUCAAGGAUUUCAUCUGA